CAUGUCGCAAACCAUGUCUAUGGGGAUCUUUAGUGGCAGCAUCACCAAGAAAUCUGAUGUGCAUGGUCUAUUCAAUAUUGAUCUCAAUAAGGUGGACAAAGUGUAUAAGAUGCUUGUUAAAAAGGGCAUGGCUCAAGUAUAAUGUUGCUACUUUACAGAAUGAAGGUUGCUCAAGGCAUGGCUGUUCAAAAUUAUCACAUACGUGUAACGGGAAGAAAAGCCAUGCAGUGGAUAUCCUUUAUAAUGAUACCCAUUGUAGAUGCGAGGUUGGUAAUUCUGAAAUGGGAAGUAGGAUUUUCGAGGAGAUGGCAAACAAUGGAUUGAAGGCUGAUAUCUUGACUUACAAUGCAUUGAUUUUGGGACUGUGCAAGGAGGGGAAAACAAAGAAAGCUGCAUUGGUCAAAGAACUUGAUGAUAAGGCAAACUUAGUUCCUCAUUCAUCUACUUUCUUUUAUCUGAUUAGUGGACAGUGUGCCAGAAGGAAUUCUGAUCGUGCGUUUCAAUUCUAUAAAAGCAUGGUUAGAGGUGUUUUCCACCCUUACAACCCCACUUUGACUCUAUUGGCAUCCACGUUCAUCAAGAAUGAGGGUUAUGAUGAAGCGAUGAAAGUCUUGAAAGAGAUGCUAGAAAGAUCUAUUACCCUUGACUUGGGUAUGUUAACUGAAAUAUGCAACUUGUUUCUCAGAUGCGGCAGAGAAGGAGCGAUCAUAAAACUCUUACAAGAACUAGAAGCUAGACGCCUCAUGCCCGAAGGUUUUGAUCAAACAACAGUGAUUAGCUCUACAGACGGAAGAUAGAAUGUUAUUUUUUUUUUACAAGAAAUAGAGGCUAGACGCUAAUGCCCGGAGGUUCCCGGCAGUCAGAUUUGGUCCUCCGGACAGCAACCCGGCUGGUUACACCCUACACAGGAAAUUGGGCUGUGAGGUGAGUAACUAUAUUCAACAAUCAUUUGCCAACGUCGUUCCUAAGCCCUUCUAAGAUGUUUUCAGUUCCAAGCAACUUUGUCAGUACUCCUUUUCAUUCUACAGAUUGAAGAUAGAAUGUAAGUUGUACUCAACUUUGUUCCAAUUGUGCGGCAACAACUAUAACUUGCCCUUAAUUUUCAAAAACAUGAAUUGCUCUGGUACCAAUGAGCUCUUUUCUCAUGACCAAAAUGUUUUGCCACGUCGACAAUUGAAACUUGUUUUGUCUGGACAAUGAACAUAUGAUAGUGUCAAUGAGAAUACAAUUUUUUUAAUAUCAUCUGUAAAUGAAUACAUUUAUUUUCUUAAUGAAACCACAACAAUUGCACCUCAA